UAAUGACUCCAUUGUUGAUGAUAGGAAACAUGCAGGGAGCAAUUCAAGCACUCCGUUUGCACGGGAAUGCCCUUAAGCGAGGUGUUCUCCGACACAUGCGUGUGAACCCAGCGAUGUUACCUACUGUGUUUUCACGUUUUGAGUCAGUUUCUCCUACACAGUUGGAAGAGAAUGGUUUUGAAAGCACGACUAUCCGGGAUGCUCUUACAACUAAGGGGAAGAAUGCUGAUGGUUCCUGGCUAUGGUGCACAACUGAUGACACUGUUUAUGAUGCUGUCAAAUUUAUGACACAACACAAUGUUGGAGCUUUAGUGGUGGUAAGACCCGGAGAAGAGAAGGCAAUUGCUGGAAUUGUUAAUGAGAGAGAUUAUCUCCGGAAAAUGAUUGUACAGGGAAGAUCUUCCAAGUCAACUAAAGUUGGUGACAUCAUGACUGAAGAGAAUAAACUGAUCACAGUGAUUCCAGAUACCAAGGUUCUGCAGCCAAUGCAACUGAUGACAGGUCUCUUUAGCAAGAUUUUGUCGAUAGAUUGUCUAAAUCAAUUCAACUAG